AUGGGCCCCCGUACCGCCUCCUCAUGCUGCUGCCAGGCCCGUAAUCUGCCAUGGGCCCCCGUACCGCCUCCUCAUGCUGCUGCCAGGCCCGUAAUCUGCCAUGGGCCCCCGUACCGACUCCUCAUGCUGCUGCCAGGCCCGUAAUCUGUCAUGGGCCCCUGUACUGCCUCCUCAUGCUGCUGCCAGGUCCAGAGUGUCUCAUGGGUCCCUGUACGGCCUCCCAUUGCUGCUGUCUCCAUCGCCACACUCUGCCAAUGUGCCACUUUCAGGUCUCCUCACACUGCUGGUGGGUUCCAUUUUGUCAUAGGGUGCUGGCAGAUUACGGGCCUCCCAUUGCUGCUGCCAGGCCCGUAAUCUGCCAUGGGCCCCCGUACCGACUCCUCAUGCUGCUGCCA